UUCAGUACAAUCUCAGACUACAGACAUGGAAACAACUUAUCAAUCAUUUUUAACGUAAAUGGACAGAACCAGAGAAACGGGAGCCAGGGCAUCAAGUGGAAUGAAACCAGUGCUUUGAAGCAGAUCCUGAACAGCUUCACCAACAGGAUGAGAAGAGGGGGAAAGCAAUGAGUUACACCUUGAAGCAGUCAACCGGCUUUGGAAACCAACCAUCCUGAAGAUUUGAUUUCUCCCAGAAAAGAAAAACAACUGAUGACACGAUAAAUGGAGAGAAACAAGAAAAGCCCUCUCCUGUUUCUACUUCUAGCUCUGCUUCAUGUCUGCACUGUCAGAAUGGACGUUGCAGACUGUCCGAGCCACCCAGAUAAAAAUCUCACCUGCUACAAUGACUACAAUCGUAACAUCACUUGUGUGUGGAACAGUGCAUACGACCACACAGAUGCUGUGUGCACACUACACGCUAAAAGGAAGACUUCGAUCAAGAAACGUGAAUAUUACUCUUUCUGUAACCUAGAGCCUGUUGACAUCUCCAGACCAGCGCUAAAGAAGUGCUCCCUGUACUUCCACAAAGAUAGCAUUUUUCAGGAGUUCCAUGUAUUGUCCAUUGAUCUGAGCUGUAAGGAUGCGGAGAAAAUUUUGACAAUUUCCUACAAGCCAGUUUGCCACAUAAAGCUGAAUCGUCCAGGAAAACCAGAUAUCAACUUUACCACCAUUUCCUGGUUUCCCCAAGUUGCACCCCAUUCGAGACUCGACCUUUACGCCUCCCAGCUGCAGUGGAAAACAGAGGAUCAGUCAUGGAGUGAUCCCUCUGUGCAGGAAAAAGACAAAGUGUCCAAUUUGAAGUGCAAGACAGAGCUGGACCCCGACCUGCUUAUAAAAGGAGAGAGGUACGAGGCACGCGUUCGAGUGAAGGCCGCUGAAAACCGGGUCAGAUCAACCUGGAGUGACUGGAGCCCCACUGCAUCAUGGGAGUCACUUGAAGGUAGACCAAAACCACCACCACUAUCAGGUGUUGCCGCGAAGAUAUGGGGCAUGAUCAUCGCAGGCGCAGGGUUUGCCUUCUUUCUGGCUGUCAUACUCUUGAGGAAUGACAAAGGCACCUGGGUUUACAAGAAGAUCAAAGGUUCGCCCAUACCAGACCCAAGAAAAUCCUCCCUGAAGAAUAUGAAUUUCCAGAAUAAGUUGAGCCCUCACUCGACCAGCGAACUCUUUCUCUCCUUGAAACCGGAGGAUAUCAUCUCUGUAGAGGUAACCUCCAGUGUGGAUGCUGUGACACGGUGCAAGAAAGAGGCGGCACUGCUGGAGAAGAUGAAAAGCGAGAACGGCUAUGAGUCGACCAGUUCCAGCUUCUCCAAUCCCAGUUACUCCCACCUGUGUGCUCCUCCUCCGGUCUCCUCGUCCACCACAGGGAAUGUGGAGCCCUGUGCCGCUGAUACACCUAAUGGGUCUGUUGGUAGUCAGGGUGAUGGUAAAACUGCAGAAGAGGUUAGGGAGGAAGAAAGAAAGAAAGAACUGGAGAUCCAGCAGUUGCUUUCCAAAGGCAACAACAACAGUGAGCCAGUGCAGGUCAUUUCAGACUAUGAGAAACCGCCGGUCGAGCGCUUCAGGCUCCAGAGUCUUGACUCAGGUAUGUGCAGUGGCGAAGAGGUUAGUCAAGAGAGUCUGGAAGGAGAUAGCAUUGGUGCGCCUGACAGCCAUGAUGAGGGGUCAGAGGACAAAAAGCAGGAGAGAGAGGGAGGGGAUGGAAAAGUAGAUUUCAAGAUGCUGUUUGGAGGCAGUGGAAGCCUUUUUGGCAAAGGGUCCAUUCAGGUUUGUUCUGAUUAUGAGCAAGUCCAGAGGAUGCCUGACCCGGUUUCAGGCGGCCUUCUCACGUCGAGAUCCGGCGUGGCCUCGUACCUUCUCUUUUAUAAGCAGGUCGGGUCCAGUCUUCGUGCACUUCAAAUUGGACAUUUGUCUUUUUCCUGCAACAGAGGAUCUGACAAGAAAGCACAAAUUUAA